CCGGUUUGCUGACGAUGAAAGCUCAGACGAAAGACUAAGGAGAGAAUGACUUCAAAAUACAAUUCUAAAGAUCGGCCAGCAAUUUUUUACCGCCAAGUUGUUAUAAAUCUGUUUAACUUUUCGCUGGCCUCAUCUAAAUUUUGCCUUCUUCCAUUCCUUACUUUAUACUUGAAAUUUUUAGGACUAGAACCAUUACACGUUGGUUUGAUAUUUGCUGUUUAUUCUUUCUUACCUAUAAUUGGAAAAUGGACUUGUUCUAAAUGCGCUACCUCUUGCGGUUUUCGACGUGCUGCAUUGAUGCUAUCCCUUUUCUUUACCAUUUUGGGCUAUGUAGUUAUUAUGUUUAUACCGCCGAAAACGUCUGCCUAUGAUAAGAAUUUCUUAUGCAUUCCAAAAAACGAUAGUGAUAAACAGUUUCCUCCAUCUGUACCAUCGACAACUACCGAAUUCGUAACAAAAUUUAAUUUGGUAACUGAAAGGAAAACUGAGUUGCCAACAGAAUUCAGGGAAUUAACAAAGGCUAUUACGGAAAAAAUUACAACUAGAAAUGUUGUGUCAAAUUCACCGAUUUCCUCUUUUGAUUUAUUAUCGGAAAGAGAUAAGAAUUUACUAGCAUCGCGCACCGAUGUCAAUAAACUAAGAUUAUUGACAAGAGAACAAUUAACGAUGGUCCUUGCUAAGAUAAAAGAGAAAUCUCGAAGGGUGAGUCGUUCACCGACAACACCCGCUACUGAUUUUUUAUCGCGAACGCUUAACAAAAUGACGUCGGGAGUGCAUAGCGUCGCUGAUAAAUUGAAAAAUGUGGAAAAUAAAACGUUGCUUUUCGUUCUUUUAACAAUAUCUGGAAUUAGCUUAUUUGGUUCGGCUGUUGAACCUGUUGCAGACGAUAUAUGGCACGAUUUUCUCGAUAGAUUUGAUAGAUUGGAUAAAUAUGGUAGCCAUUCUACUUGGUAUGAUUUUGGAACAAUUUGGACACCGGUUACAAUAGCCGCAGCUGUCGAAUUUGGAAAUUGUGAAAGAAUUAUGCAUUUACCAACUGUCUAUCUUUUCUUCCUAUCAUUCGCCUGUUUAAUGGGAUUUUGUCUUAUCCUAUCCAUAUUCUUCCCUAAUAAAACUGCUCAUAGAAAGCGUAAAUUUCUUUUUGGUUUAAGGACAACGUUUGGAGAUGUUAGAUCAAUUUUUCUAACAAUAACUGCAAUGGCGUGUGGUUUUGCAACAUCAACUGUUGAAAUAUUUCUAUUUUGGAAAAUGUUUAAGGAUGGUAAUUGGUUAAGUUUAGGAAUAGUCGUGUCAGCUUCCAGAGUCGGUCAAGUUGUAUCGUCGACUAUCGUUGGUAGGGCGUUGAAAAAUCUAAUUUUCUUUGAAACUUGCCUUGGUUUAUUCUUUAUAUCUGCUGGUCUAGUUUGGUGUAGUUUAGUUGAAAAGGCAGGUGGGUUAUGGUUAACUCCAGCUUGUGUUGGUGUAAUGGGUUUCGGAAAAGGAUUCAUUUUAAGCGCUAGACACUGGCAUCCAGAAUUUAGGAUUAACUCAAUUAUAGUUAAUCGUAGAGCUCAAUCGGUUGUCAACCAUUUUGAAAAUCAUAUUGGAUUCGGUAUUGGUGCUUUAAUAUCUGGCCCAAUUUACUCCAAAUGGGGUGUUGAAGUCCUAAUGCAAAUUGGAGCAAUUCUUCUAGGCCUAUUCCUCAUUGCCAAUAUUCUGGUUGCUAAAUGUUCACCGCCAAGGCCAACUGUUAAAUAUUCGAAAUUAUUACCGGACGUUGAAUUGGAUGACGACGAGGAAGACAGCGAUAAGGAAGAGGAUGAUUGGUUAGAACACGCAUUGAUAAGGGAUAAAAUGGGCACUAAGAUUAUAAAAUAAAUAGCCAAAGAAAAACAAUUCUUUUCUAAAAUUUGUCAUUUAAUGUAUAAAUUUUUGUUUUUUUUUUUACAAUUUCCAUUUUUUAUUGGGUUCUGGGAAAAUUUUUCGUUCUUGUCUUCCAAAGGUAAACCUUUCACCGUAAAUUUUUUUAGUUUAAACUUUAAAGACAGCUCAAAUUACAAAACUUUUAAAGUUUUCCUUGCUUUAAAGCUAUGCAAAAAUUAAGAUAUUGAGAGAGGGAGGGAGGGAAUGUGGAAUGCGGAAUGUACAAGAACAAGAGACUGAUUAAUCAUGCAUUUUAAAAAAUUUAUAUUAUCUCUCUAAUUUUCUCUUUUUCCCUCUCUCUCUUUUUUAUCUAUCGCUCUGUCUGUCUGUCUGUCUGUCUGUCUGUCUAUCUAUCUGUCUUUCUCUCUCUCUCUCUCUCUCUCUCUCACACUCGCUCGUUCAUUUACAUAUAGACUUUUUUAUGAUGGUUUCUGCUUUUUUAUGUAUUCUAACUCUGGAACAUGUUUUAAUAGAUAAUUUUAAAUAAUUGCUUUUACGCUAAUUAUACAUAUAUUUUAUAUACACAAUAUACUAUAUAUACAGUAUAUAUACGUUUAUUAAAGAUAAUAUUUCUAUACAGUAGAGUCAUGAGGAAGAUUUAGAUUAGUAUUGGCCUAUUAACCCACUAAAUAUACUUAAUAUCAUUGUUAGGUUAUUUAAAGUACUUAUUAGCCUUAAUUUAUAAAUUUUAAAGAAAAGGAAAUAAGGGAAAAUAUAUUAAGCGUAAAAUAUGAGAUUAGAGAAAAAAUUAACCUUAUUAUUCAUUUCUAUUCAGAAAAAAGAGUAUUUUUAAAUUUUUCUCAUUAUUAAUGAUUAAUCUAUGUAUUAGGAAAAUACCUUAAUCUUUGAGAUUAUCUAAAUCGAUAAAUUUAUAGUAUAGAGUAGUUAAUUGACAGUUUAUUCACAAAAUUUUUAUAAGAGAAAAGAAGAGAAAUAUCUGAUUAAAGAUUAUACAAUACAAUGAAAAGUUUCAAUUAUCUAACGUUUCCUUUAAGAUUUAUUCAAGAUAAACAAAAUAUCGGAACGUCGUAAUACAUUGAUAAAUCCAACAUAUACUGUAUAUAUAUAUAUAUUAUACUGUAUUCAUACUUGAAUAUGAAAUAUACAUAUUCAUUAUCUAUGUUAUUCUUAUUUUGUAUGCUUUCUUUGUAUGUUUCCUCUUCUUCAGUUCCAUUGUUUAAAAUGAAAUAUGAUAUAUAUAUUUUAAUUAAAGCUAUGAAUAUUUAUGAGGAUGUGUUUAUUUCUUUAUUACUACUAUUCAUAUUCAAUACAAGUUCAAUAAUAAAUUUAUACAUUCAAGCUCUGUUGUUGUUUUAUUUGUUUUGUUCUUCCCGCUAAAAACGCAAUGAAAAAGGCAUGAAAGAAUGGAUAAAAAAGUUGUAAUUAACAUUUGAUGCUAAUGAUUAUCUGGGUCAAUAAUUUUAAUUAAAUUUGAUUUAUUUUAGUUAGAAUUGUUAAGAGAAAAAAAAGAAGAGAGAAGAGAAAUGAGAAAAGAAAAUGAAAAGGGAAAUUAAAGUCUUAAGCAUUACUUGAAAGGGAGUGGAUUCGUUUAUAUAAGUAUCGCUAGAAUUAAUCUGUUUUUGGCUUUCGUUCAAAUAAGAGACGAAUGCAUAUUUAAUCGGUACAUAUAGGCCUUUGUCAAGUGGGAGCUUGCUAUUAAAAUCCAAUAUACGAUUGACGAAUAUAUCGCAAUUACAUAAAAAAGUCUUUUUCUUUUUCUUCUCUUUGAAACGACCCUGGACGUAAAAAAAUGCAGACAAAUAUUCCUUUUCACUUUUCUUCCCUGCUUCUUCUAUCCCUUCGAUUUUUAACCUUACUCCUUCUAUGAUAGGCGGGAGUGUCUUUUUCUUUAGUCUCAUCUACUUCGUUAACAUCCGGUACAUUCUUUGCUGGAGGUCUAAAAGUGUUGUAAGAUUGUUCAGUCAAUAAGUUCAUCAUAUCAAAUAUUACUCUGUCGUUUUUUCUUAUCGAAGGCAAGGUGAUAUUGGCUUUUUUACGCUUCGGUGCCUCAAGUUCCCUGCUCGUCGAUUUCGGUCGUUCGAUAAGGAAGCCUUCCAGUGUUUUUCUCUCCCUUUUAGACGGUACUAUUCGUACAUUAUUUAUAUUGAAUUCAGCUUUAACGAGUGCUGGCAGACGACCGAAUGUUUUCAGCUCGAUAAUCUUUUGUUUCCUCUCCUUGUUCAUCUUUUCUAUUUGAAUUCUUUUAGUUGUUAUACUCUCGUCUGCAUUUUGCCUUGUAAUUUGGUCUUUUUCUAUGAGAAUAUCUGUGCAUUUAUUGUGUCCAGCUCUACUGGCCAAAGUAUACGGUGUAUAACCAUUGGAAUCUUCAAAAUCCGCAUUCAAUCCAUACUUUUGGAGGGCACAGGCAACAGCCUCAGUUAACUCGACGUCUCCCCUUUCGCAUGCGUAAUGAAGAGGGCUUCUACCAUUCUGGUCCCUUAAAGUUAGUUUAGUAUCAGCACCAAUUUCUUUAAGCAGGAGGAGAGCUUCAGUUCUGCGUCCAAGCGCACAAGCCCACGUCAUAACAUCUCUUCCGCUUUCUUCCUCAAUAUCGUUAUAAUUCCUAAAUUUUGGUAAAAGUAUACGAAACAUCUUUAAACGUCUCUGACCAUCUUCAAUUCUGAGGGCGGCAAUUAAAGAGUCUCUUGUCGGUGCUAAUCCAUUCCUAGCAAGGAAUUUUACCUGCUUAAAUCGACAAGAUUUCACAGCAUCCAACAUUAAAGUUCCACUCGUCAUAAUUUUCCUAUUGAACUGUGCACUGGUAGUAUUCCCUAAUUCUUUCACUCUCUUUCUUUUUUCUGUCACAAUUAUGUCUCUCACUCUUUAAAUCUUUUCUUGUGAUAAACUAUUAAAGUUCUUUUAGACCCAUGAAUUUAUAUAAUAAAUAAAUAAAUAUAUAUACAUAUAUGUUUAAGUAUUCGUCUCUUUUUACGUUCAAUAUCCGAUCAAUUCGCUUGCUGUCUCUCAACUGCACAAACCCACGUUUUAUAUAGUUUGCUUACCUAGGUGAUUUAUGCAUUAUUCAACCGGCUUUCCAUUCUGUAACUGUCACGUAAUCGCAAGUAAUUAGCUUUAAAUUGUAUUUUAAAUAGAAAUACGCUUACAACAAUUGUUUAUUUUUAUUAUAGACAGUUAGUAGUAAAUCAUCAACAAAUUCCGACCUUGACUUGAACUUUUCCCAACUCUUUUCUAGCAUUGAAAUAUUUUUUGACAACAAAACAUUACGAAAUCUAUCUGCGUCUUGUAUAGACAACAAGCGACAUUUUUCAACAUUACAUAGAUCGUUAUAGUCUUUCAAUUUUGGUAACAGUUUUACACCUAAAUAGUUUUCUAUUGUUUUAUAGUUGACGCUAAAAGUUCUUAAAGGGAUAGUAUUAUUAACAGAUUCAUUGGGAAUGACGAAAGAACCGGUUAUUGUUUGUUCAUGUGGUUGUUUAAUAACUAUUAUUUUAUAUAAAUGAGUCGGAACAGCCACGAAAUUUUUACCAAUCACUUUAAAAUUAACAGUAAAUUGGGAAUUUUUCAUUUCCGGUAGAAAUAGAGGUCCAGAGAAGACUGAAAUUUCGUUGUAUUUUUCAACUAAUAGCCUAACGUAAAAUUCAAUUUGAGACCAAUAAAUUUGAUUAUUUUCCCGAUUCUGAGGUACAAUAUUUGUUAAGAGAAACGUCUCAUCCAUAGCCUUUUGAUCAUGCUUAUGAUUUGCAGCAGACGCUAAAUGACCUCUUGUAUAAUCGCUAUGUCCGUAGUCAAAAUUCUGGGAGAUAAACGGUUGAACGUCGUUAUCACUCUUAAAAAUUUUCUUCUUCUUUGCUGAACCACGGUAGUUUUUAACAGUUAAUUUUUCAAAAACCCAUUGGGGAACUCUUAACGCUGUGUUGUAACUAGUAAAAUAGGAUCGUCUUACUAAAAAUUCGCCAGGUUUUUGCGGCCUUCCGAAUGGAAAUGGAUCAUUAAUCGAGUAUUUAUCCAAAUUUUUAGUGCAAACUUGAAUACUAGACACAGUUAAGCAGUAAUUUCGCGUUUCCCAGAAACUGAGUAUCCCUAAGAGUAUUGAUAAUGUUUCAGUCAUCUUCUCUAAUCUUUAUGUUAUCCAGUCUGCAACUGCUUGCUUUUGUUACAUAUACAGUAUAUAUAUAUAUGUUGGUAUAUCCGCAUUUCCUCAAAACCUUUUAACUAGUUUCUUUCUUAAUCGAAACAGUACGACGAAAAAACCUUUUGAUAAGCCUACAAGUACUUUGAAUUCUCGGUCUAUAAGCGCUGGCCUAACAAGACAGAAUACAAUUUUUUUGUUUUAUAUAGGCUUAUACUCUGU